AUGGUGAGCAGGUUCUUCGGGCACCGUCCACCUCGCUCUCCAGAGGCCGCUGCUCCGUCGGCCCCACAUGAGAUUCUAGUACAUUUGUCAGUACUGAUAAGCACAUUUACUGGACUCGUGGUUAUAAUGGCUGUCAGCAAAUAUGGAGGUGCCUUCGUGAGCCAUCAUGUACCGGAGAUUGUUCCUAGUUGGGGUGCAUCGGCUAUUUUAUGUUAUAAUGUCAUGAAUGCACCACUUGCUCAGCCUAAAAAUGUUCUUCUGGGCACAUUCAUUUCAUCGUUAAUAGGGGUUUGCUUAAUGAAGCUUUGGAUGACCAACCCCAACAAUGAAGAUACGUUAUGGCUGGCUGGAGCUCUGUCGACUGCUGUAAGUUCUGUCGUCAUGACUUUAACGAACACUCUUCAUCCUCCUGCAGGCGCUGCUGCAUUACUUCCUUCUGUCGAUGAUAGCAUCCGAAGUCUCGGUUGGUUUUACCUCCCAGUUCAGAUUGUAUCUGCUGUUUUAAUGCUUGGUGUAGCAUGUCUCUUAAACAACAUAGUUCUCCAGUACCCUGUAUAUUGGUGGACCCCGCAUUCUAGACCCCUGCAACCCCCAAAAAAUGACCCUGAGCCGACGAAGGUUGAAUCAAGUUCAAUGGUCUAA